AUGGCUCAUGAGAUCCCGCUGAUCCUCAACCUCCCCAUGCUUGGUGAUCAAGCGGGGAAUUGCGCAUUUCCAACCCCUCCCAUUGGAAAUGGCAUGAAAGAAUGGAAUCCGAAUGCUUUGGCAAAAGCACAGGCACAGAUAAGUUGGAAGGAAAAUAUUUCCUUCAAGAAUACAAGAAGCACCUUUGCGAAAUGGGAGCCUCGUCAUGGGAAAUUCAGAUUUCGACACCCAUGGAGCCAAUACCAGAAGCUCGGAACUCUGUGUCGGCAAUGCGCAUCAUCCAUGGAGGCUCUUGCUUCAUAUGUCAUCACGACCACAAAAACUCAGUACCCUGCAGCUGCCAGCCCAGAUCUGUCCUAUAAGGUUCGAAAAACAUGCGGCGAAAUGAGCUUGCAUUCCGCCAAGGCGCUCAGGCAGCUCGCGACGGCAACUGAAACCAUGACCGUGCCUCCUCCGGCGAACCUCGCCGUGUCCGCAGCCAUGAAAGCAGCGGAAGGCCUCAGACUCGAGCUUGCAGAGAACGCGACUAUGCUGCAGGUGAUGCACGUUGCCGUCACCGCGUCGCUUCUCGCGGACUUGGUUGCUCAGGUGAAGGAAAUGGCGGACUGCGUGGAUGUCCUGGCAAGAGAAGCACACUUCAAGAACCCUAAGGACGAACGGAGAGACGUCGCCGUGGAUACCUUGAGUCGAGGGAGAAGCGGUCCUUUGCCGGACGUUGUUGUUCAGUGUCCAGAGUAAACCCGUGUCUCGAGAGCAUCGGUAAGAGAUGAUAUGGAUAUAUGGUGCAGAUCAAAGUGGUACUAUAGAAGUAUGUACUACUACUACAUCUACAUCUAGUGUCUAAUUUCUUCGAACUUUCCUUAUACAGUGAAGUAAACCAUGAAUCUAUGAUGCUGAACUCUGGUAAGUAUGAAACGCUGAACUCCUC